AUGUUGAACAUAGUGGGCGGCACGCGGCGCCGUGCAGCUUCCAGUGCCAGUGCCCAUCCGGUCCAGUCCAGCGAAGAGGCCCAGGAGGAUGACACGCUUAUCGUGGAGCCCGAGCAGGGAAACGUUCUGAUGCAUAUCAUCUCUCAGCUACGGCCCGGCGCUGAUCUCAGCAGGGUUGUUCUCCCGACCUUUAUCCUGGAGCCGCGCAGCAUGCUAGAGAGAAUUACGAACUUUAUGUGCCAUCCCGAAAUGCUCCUCCCCAUAUCCGCCAUUGAGGACCCUGUUGAGCGAUUCGUGUCCGUUGUCAAGUUCUACCUGAGCGGUUGGCACAUUCGGCCUCCGGGCGUGAAAAAGCCUCUCAAUCCCAUCCUCGGCGAGGUCUUCACGUGCUACUGGACCUUUCCGGACAACACUCAGGGCUAUUACGUCUCCGAGCAAACAUCGCACCAUCCGCCCAAGUCCAGCUAUUUCUACAUGGCCCCCGAGCAUCAUAUUCGUGUCGAUGGCACGCUUAAGCCGCGGAGUCGUUUCUUGGGCAACUCCGCCGCCAGCAUCAUGGAAGGGACAGCUGUCCUGAGCCUGCUAAACCGAAAAAAGAACGGCAAACCGGAACGAUAUAUCCUCACCCAGCCAAACAUGUACGCACGAGGUAUCCUGUUUGGCAAAAUGAAAUACGAGCUGGGGGACCACAGCUUCGUGCGCUGCCCUGAUCUCGGUCUCGUUGCAGAUAUCGAGUUCAAGACCAAGGGUUGGGUGAGCGGCACGUACAACGCCAUUGGCGGUACUGUUCGAAACGAGAAGACUGGAGAGGUCCUGCGCGAACUGUCCGGCCUGUGGAGUGGGGAAAUGGCCAUCAAGAACUUGCAGACGGGAAGAAAGGAGAAAUUCUUCAAUGCCCAGAAAGCGAAGCCAACUUCGCCAUCGGUACGGCCAAUCACUGAGCAGGGUGAUCGAGAAUCGCAACGGCUUUGGCAGCAAACGGCCCAAGCCGUGAUGAACCGGAACCACGAGCUAGCCACGGUUGAAAAAACCAAGGUCGAAGACAUGCAGCGCGAGGAGGCCGCUACACGGUCGCAAGAGGGCGACUUGGGAUGGAUUGUUAAAGGCCAGAUUGAUGGCAAAACGGCCGACGAACAAACGGCUCAGAUUCUCGCCAUUUACCCCAUCCUGCCAGGCCAGAAGACAAAGCGAGGUAGCGUACAGGCGAUCCCGCCUCGGACGCUAGAUACUGCACCCAGUGGCGCCGCACAUGCGCCUGUUGAGGGCAGCCUGAUCGAUGUCGGCUCGAGCGACAACACGCCUGCGGCAAACGAGAAAAGUGAUAAUAGUGCUGAGAAUGCGCUGGAGGCUACAGGCCAACAACCAGCCCCAUUGGGCGCCUUACUCGACUUUCAGCAAGACUUGGGCAAAGAUUUACCAGAUGCUCAUCCGUCCGACGCAAGCAAGUGA